UGGCGCUGCUCGGCGCCGAGGCGCAGCCUAAAUGUUUUUGCAAGAAGAAGCCGAAACGGAAAAGGAGCCGCUUCCCUUUGCGCGCCAGUCCGUCGCCAUUCGCGCAGGGCGGUUGGUUUUGUGAUGGAUUCUCGAUGGCGCGCGUGCUUUUUCGGCGGCCGCGCCAAAGCGGCAGCCUUCGGGGGAGACCUCGACGAAGAUACGCACAGAGCAACUAUGGACGAAGGGGCCGGCCCGCAGUGGCAGCAAGGCCGCCCAAUCGUCUCCGUCGUUAACACGAAGGGCCCGACGGCAAGCAAGGCCGCCGGGCAUUGUGAGGGCGGGGCGGAA